GUUUCAUUACCUUCSCCGCUAACAUAAAACACCUGAUUUGGAGUAAUGUCGGUUAACUUAGUUUCUAACUUUAACAUAAAUAACUAUUAUAUUUAGUUGAAAAUGCCACGUUUUGUCAGUUUAAAAGCCGUCUGUCAGUCUUUCUGACUGUCUGUUGGAGGCUCCAGUGAUGCCUCCACAUGUCACUCUGGACACAGUUCACUAUAAGAUUUUCAUCUCUGGUAAGAGUGGAGUUGGUAAAACUGCCCUCGCUGCACACCUCGCAGGCCUGAGUAUUCCUGUCGUGCACCAUGAAACAACAGGCAUUGAGACAACAGUGGUGUACUGGCCGGUAAAACUUAGAGAAAGUGGCAGAGUGCUUUUCUUUCGCCUGCAAUUUUGGGACUGUGGAGAAAGUGCCUUACGAAGAUUUGAUCAUUUGCUUCCAUCUUGUAAGGAACAGGUGGAUGCUGUCCUCUUCCUGUUCUCCUUCACUGACAGGACAUCCUUUGAUGAUUUGUCAAAUCAAAUUGUGAAAUGGAACGAAUCAUCUUGCAGCCAUGUUGUCAAAGUGGUGAUUGGAACCAAAUUUGAUGUUUUCACGCACUGUGACGUGCCACAGAGAGAAGUCCGGAAAUUCAAGGAGACGUGGGGAUUACCGGUGCUGCGGACAGGUGGGGAGGUCGGGGAUGGACUGAGUGAUGUGGCCCCCRUCCUCAACUGUCUUGCAGAGAACUUGUGGCUUCAGGACUGCGCUACAGCUCGAGCAACCUGCCAACACUCACAACAGGAAUCAAAUGAUCAAAAGUAAAUUAAUUCAAAUGGAGGUCGUGAUUAGAAAUGGUAAAAAUUACCUGGACCUUACGAUUUUAACCAUGACAAACCAUUUCAAUUACAAGAACUUGUAAAAUUAGUGUUCUGCUGAAUCAAAGAUAAAAAAAUAAACACUAGCUGCUAAUGAAAGGGAUGUCCUGCAGAUCUGUGGCUCAGAUUAAAAGGUUUGUAUCAAAUUUGCUGUAGUUUAUGGCAGACCAUUAAGAUGAAAUUUGAUUCAACACUAUUUGAAAGUGAUUUAUGACUAGUCAUAUUAAGAUAUCUCCAAUUAUUUUUGACUAAUAUAGAUGACAAAUUUACUAUUAGGUUGUAUGGAGGCUCUAAUUCAAGAUAUCUUAAAAAUGAAUUUUGACUAGUCAGAAAUACAGUUCUGAUACAUCUAAGUUUGAACUAUGAUUAUUUGCUUUUAAAAUAUCUUGCUUUUUGUUCCGAGUAGUCAUAAUUCCAUAUAGAUAUCUAUAUAUCUCUCUUUGGACGAAAAAGCUGAUAACUAUUUUUUUAAUUAAUAAAAAAAUCAGUACUUAAGACAUUAAUAUCAAGACUUUAAUAUGAAAAUUGGGGUACAUUGCUUAAAAAAAAAAGACCCAUAAAUGCUCAUACAAAUAAGACCCAUUUCUAAGUAAUUGCUGUGUUUGGUCAUUUUAAAAAAA